UUGAUAUUUUGCGUGAAAUAAAAUUGUGCGGUAUAAAAAUGAUAAACGUACAAAUAAGUACUGUGUCUGGCGUUAAACAGAUCCUUACCGUUGAUACAUCGUUUAAAAUUUACGAAUUGCGUACUCGUAUCGAAGAUUUAACAAAUUUUUCGCGGGAGGACUUUUACAUCGUACACAAUGGAAAACUUGUGGAUGAAGAUACUAUUUGUUACAAUGGGUACCUUUCCGUCGUUCCACGGGUGUUUGGAGGAAAAGGUGGAUUUGGAUCAAUGUUGCGUGCUAUCGGCGCACAAAUUGAGAAGACUACGAAUCGCGAAGCAUGUAGGGAUUUAAGUGGACGGAGACUUCGUGAUAUCAACGAGGAAAAACGGUUGAAGGCGUGGAUCGAGAAGCAGGGAAAACGAGAAGAGGAGGCAGCGGAACGCAAGAAAAAAAAAUUGGAAAGACUUUGUGCCGAACCAAAACACGAAUUCAAGGAUCGAACCUACGAUCGUGAAAGAUCAGUUCUAACAGAAAGAGUGGGCGACGCGGUCGAGCAAGGAUUCAAAGCUGCCAGUAGUACGUCUGGAAUAAAAAGAAAACACGAAGAUGAAUUCAAACCCAACAAAAGAAAAACUAUAUUAGAUAUCGAUAUCGACUCCGAUGAAUUGGAUAGUUCUGAUGAAAGUGAGGAGGAUGAAAUGAAAUGUGCGAAACACAAUAAGAAGGAACAAUUGUCGCACGAUAGUGGACAUUCCAGUGAUGAAAGUGGAAAAAUUAACGGAAAUAAAAAUCGAAUGGAAUCUAAAGGCUCAGUAUAUAAUUGUGUGAAUCAAAUCAAUGACGAAAGUUCAAGCAAUACCAUAGGUUCAGCUGGGGAUCACAUCGAAGUGGAUUACAAUGAAUCUUCAGAGUCAAAUUCAAUGACACCUGUAGGUGAAUGCCUUAAGGAAUAAUUAUAAGAGCAAACACAAGUUUGUAUUAUAGGUUUUUAUUAUUUUUAAGUAAUCAGAAUGUUGUUCUGAAUUC